UGUUACAUCUACAUUGUAGUGGAACUUUGUAACAACCGUUUAUGACGGGAGGAAAGUCAACGGAGUUUUAGGAAUCAAUCGGCGUAGUAUGCUGAUGAUACCGGAUUCUGUGACAGAUCCAUCAAAAUGCAACAAAAGAACCAUUAACAACCAUGACUUUGAAAAGCGUUUUGUUGCUAUGAAAGACCCAGUUAAACGAGAAUGUAUGGUGAAGCCGCUUGGGAAAAGAGAAACAUACGAAGAAACAAAAAAGGCUUUGGACAGUGGGAGUGAAUUCAUCCAGAGUUUGGAACACUGGUUAAUGCCAGAUAGCCCGUUACCGAAGGACCGUGUGGAGAGAGAGAUUGGAAGUAUGUUGGCCGACUUCUGUUCAGAUUCCGCUGUUUACAUGCUCAAAAGAGCUACAAACACUCAAUUGAUGCGAACAAAGCGUUGCAUCGUGUGUCUCUGGUGUAGUGGUUUAGUCGGGAGCGCACAGUCCUCUAGAAGCUAAAUCAGUCCGGAGUUACCCGAAAACAGAUAACAAAUAAGCUGUAUACUGCAUGCUGGAUGUAGCUUAUUGUGUUAUUAGCAGAAAAUAAAUUUAACCAAAAAAAAACCCCCACUAAA